AUGUCUAGGGGAUUUUCUAUCACCCUUACGGGAUUUGCUCGGAAUUGGUACCGUCAGCUCAAACCUAAUUCAAUCGGUUCCUUCGUAGAGUUAAGCCGACUAUCCCUUACCCAGUUUAUAAGUGGUAAGAGAAGUCGAAAACCCAACAUUCACCUGCUCACCAUCAGACAAGGGCCAAAAGAGUCGCUAAAGGACUAUAUUGCUCGCUUCAACGAGGAAGCGUUACAGGUAGAAGAUUACGAUGACAAAAUGGUGCUCGCUACGGUGUUCAGUGGUCUGAAAGAAGGAAGGUUCACUUUCUCCAUUAAGAAGAACCCUCCGAAGACGUUAGUGGACUUCAUCGCAAGAGCCCAAAAAUGCGCUAAUGCUGAGGAGUUUACCAACGCCCAUAAAAGUGUACAAGUAACCGACUCAACUGGCAAAGGGAAGAGGCCUAGGAACGAAGAGUCCCAACCGACCGGCAAAGGGUCGAAUGACAGCACUCCUCGCGAUCGUCGACCAAGCCGAAGACCAAAAGGGAAAUUUCGUUCCUACACCCCCCUCUGA